AUGGCCGACUACCUCUAUGACGAGAUUCAACUCUUUGUUACAGUCGUGAAUGUGUCUUCGGAUCCAGCGGCUAUCUAUGGAGGCAGUGCACUGGGUGGCAAUUUGGCCCCAUCAGAAUUUCUACUGAAUCCAAAAGCUCAGCAAGUCACGCAAGGAACAAUUAGCAUCCCGAAUGCGGAACUCGGUGCACAGGGAGAAUUCUCCCUUGAGGACACUCUCUGGGAAGUCACGCCGAAGAACGGACAGACCAGUAGAGUCGUUCUUAUUGGCACCGUCACGUACGUGACCGUGGAGGAUACGUCCGAAACCACAACGACCCAGACCAUAAACGUAACUCCACAGGUCUCCGAACCCCAAAUUCCAAUCUCCCUUGCAAACGUCCAGCUUAUCGACAGAGGAACACCGACCGCGCUUUUGACCAUGAACAUCUUCGCCGGAAGUGUCAACCCGGCUGAUGGUGAUAAGAAAGCCGACCAAGCUGCAGUUAACAACCAGGAGUCGUUCUCUAUGAAACGCGUCAUCACGCAAAAGAAGGAAAAGGACACAGGCGACAAAGCCUAG